CUUUACUUUACUCUUCACUUCGCUCCAUGGGUUAGAAUCUCUCUCUGCCAUCAUCACACUUCACACUUCACAAGAGAGAAUACAAGGAGCAGCACAGAGCUGAAGUUAGAAGAAGAAGAAGAAGAAGAAGAGCUAGGAGAAGGAAUCCAUGGGGAACAUCCUGAAGUGCUUCAGGGGAGACGAGGAAGAAGACCACUACCCCUACUACCAUCCAGGCUCCAGGCCCCACUACCCCCAGCAGCAGCAGCAACAGCAGCAGCAAGCUGAUGGCCAUGGCGUCGCCUCCCUGGCGCACGACCUCCUCAACUUUGAGAGCGCGUCCAUGGUUCCUGAAGGGCUCAGGCAGCAUGUUACGGCGUCCAAGAAAGCGCAGAUUAAAUGGUACCAGAAUAUGUUGGAGGCAUAUAAGAAUGCCAGAACCCCACCGAGAACACCGGAAGAGGCCGCCCAACUAGUUGCAACAGCCCUAAACUGGAUCCAGAGAGCUGAUUUGGAGGGUAUCCUCGAAUUCUACAACUUCCCCAUCCCAUCACUACCUGCAGCAUCCUCAAACCACCGUCCAUCCUUGCUGCCAGAGGGCGUUCAGUUUGUCUUGAACACUUUGCCGGUUAUUAACCAAAACAUUGGAGAUGGAGAUGGCUUUACAGCUUAUGUUGCCACAACUGAUCCGAGGGAGUCUGGGAAUGUUUCUAUAGAAGUACAUGAGAUGGUGAUUGCGAGGACUGAAGCACGCAAUCGUAGGGAUUAUAAGAGUGCCGAUGCACUUCAAAGUAGCAUCAAAGAAGCUGGAUACAAGAUAAUCGUCUGUUCAGACGAAGAGAUCCUAGCAAGGAAAUACCGAAUCAGAAUGAGGGGAAUUGAUGCACCAGAGCUUAAGAUGACAUAUGGGAAGGAAUCAAAGAGUGCUUUGGUGAAGCUCAUUGGUGGGAAAAGAACCACAAUUCAUGUGUAUGGGCAGGACCAGUUUGAUCGCUAUGUUGGCGAUGUCUAUUGCAAUGGUGUGUUCAUCCAGGAGAAAAUGCUGAGGAAUGGUCAUGCAUGGCAUUUUACGAUCUACGACAAGCGCCCGGAGUUUGCUAAAUGGGAGAGAGAGGCAAGAGCUGCACAGCGAGGGCUCUUUGCUUCACUCAACCCUGAGAAGCCGUGGGACUGGCGAAGAGAGCAGCGCAAUGGUGGCAUUCAGGUCUACUAAUGGCUCCAUCCAUGAUCCAUCCAUAUCUCCAACUAAUGGUCAGAAAGGUGUGUAUAUUUUGGUAACCAGGGUGGAUUUUGAUCAGCAUCAUCGUGCCACAAACUAAAUGUGCAGUAUGUUUAUGUAUGCUGCGAGAGUAAUGCUUUGUAAUUCGGCCUAUGGCCAAGACUCUGAAA